CGCUAAUCGCCUAUAAAAUACAGCUACGGCUAUAUUUCACCAUUGCCCAUGACUCAACUCCGCACUUCUCGACUGCAGCAAUUGCUCCCUAUCACGCUCCCUUGUGGAUAAUCUCACGCGUCGCAACCCGAUAGGCUCGGCACCCGGUAAUACAGCUCCGUCUGAUAGGAAUUGUUCUUUUUGACUCUUUUACAUGUGUCGACUCGAGAUCCUUGGAAGUGGGCUUUUGUACUGGCAACGUCGUGGGUCAGCGCAGAGUAAAGAUCAGCCAUUCCGCUUAGUGGAACUUCAGCCAGGAUGCUCCAUGAAAUCCUCCUAUCGCUCUCCGGUCAGCAGUCGUCUCUCUUUAGCUUCCAAACAGAGGAAGAUGCCGUCUCUGAGGAAUCUUUUCCGCUCCUUUCGCCCCCAGAAAAAGCCCUCCUUGCCUCUCUCGCCCGUCUGAGCCGUCUCCAUGCCCGGCUUCAAGCUCAUACGGCUUUGAUUUGUUCCACCCAUGCCUCUGUCAUCUGCCGUGCCGUUUCCACUGCGAUCCGAAGUCACCAUCUGGGGGCGUUCCAAAAGAAGAUACUAGAAGUGGAGAAGGCCAUUUUGGUUGAGGAUAGUGGUUAUGUUGGGGGUUACGGAAUAGUCCCGUUAGCGACGGUUGUCGGCGAGUUCGCUCCGUGGACACGACGGUUGGAAUGGCUAUGGGAGGUUGUGCGCUUCAUAUUACCGACUGAGAAGAAGAAACACACUCAAAGCUGCACAGGCGCUGGCUUGAUUGAUCAUCUUCGGAGGGAGUCGCACACCGGAUAUAUCGACAUCGAGGAGAUAGUACUUGAUCUGAUCGGGGCUGCGGAAACCGCAUGGAUGAGGCAGCUGUCUACAUGGCUGCUAUACGGCAACCUUCCUAUUCUUGGGAAGGGUGAUUUUUUCAUUCAAGAAGCCGACACAAAAGAGAAUGAAGGACCUGUUUCAACCGUUCAGUUUACCAUCCAUACACAGCUAAUUCCUCAAUUUGUCUCCUCACAUACCGCAGCGUCGAUUUUGUUCAUAGGCAAAACCCUGAACCUUAUGCGUGCUAAAAGGAGUCCUACCGGACAUACACCGGACGGACUUUUAACAUCACCGGUUACACUACAGAGCGAACACAUCAGUCAUCUCGCUGGAUUGAAGUCACCCAUAUCCGCCUCGGAGUUGUCUAACACCGUUGACUCCAUCAGAACAUCCCUGUCGCAGAGCACUCUCUCCAAGCUACUCCCUCUUCCUAAAAUUCUGGAAAUCCUUUCUCUCCUGCACAACUUUUUACUUUUACAACGUGGUGAAUUUGCUACGGCCCUUGUAUUGCAUGCCGAUGCCCGGUUACGGGAACGCCAACGAGGUCCAGAGUCAUCUAGUGCGAGGCAUGUAUCGAAUAGUGUCGACGGCCUCGCUAUCAAGGAGGGUGACGUGGCGACCACGCUAACCAAGACUUGGGCGGAGUUGUACUCUUUACAGAACGAAGAAGACCCCGUCGAUGAUGAGCUAGAUCUUGCCAGGGAGCUUGUUCGGCUAUCUCUCAAGCCCAGAGACCACGGACAGAACCCAGGGUUCUCAGGCGCCGCUGCUGCCGACCCAGUAGCGGAAACCUCCAAUACCCCAUUUGACGAUCUUCUCUUUCCUACCUCGACUUCACUUUCAGUGCACGUGCGCCCUCCUCUAGACCUCUUCCUUUCAGCGGCCGACAUCUCAAUCUACUCGAAAAUGCACUCGUAUCUGCUGGGCAUCAGACGAGCCCAAAUUCGCUUGGGAGACCUCUGGAAACACUCACCACUACGUCGCAGUCACCCAUCGCCCUGGGGUCCACCCCGGAGUAAUAGCCGAUUUGGGCAGAGUAGACUCCAGAUGGGCCGGCAACGCGAAAACGCAAGGACUAGCAAGAUGAGGGCCAUCUGGGCGACAGGCAGCGCGUCCCUGUUUGUGCUAUCGGAAAUAGGGAGUUAUUUCCAAGGAGAAGUCAUCAAUGAAUCAUGGCAGCAUUUUAGAGACUGGAUAGAAGCAGGGGUGUCUGAUAGUCCCCCGUCGACCUCGCGACCAGGAACUGCAACCUCUUCGAAGGCACGACGAAUCGGGCUUGCAACGAACGAGCAAUCUGAGGACGAGCCAGGCGCCGCCCCCAGACGGCACGACCCAGAAGCCCUCACAGCUGCCCAUCGACAGUACCUAUAUUCCCUGGUACAGUCACUCUUUCUCAACGACACACCUUUCACCAAAGCUCUUCGAGAUCUGCUGGCCAGAAUCGAUCAUUUCAUCGCUCUUGUGAUCCGAUUGGAGAUUAUUCAGCGCAAUAUGGAUUUGGAGUCCGACGAGGGCGUGGUUGAUGCAUUGGUAGACUACGCAAGCGAGGAGCGCGGUGUAUGGAACGCACUUCGAGCGGCACGAGCAGACACCGAAAGAGGAAUCAACGAGGUCAUUGCACGCUUACAGGAUAUCGACGACAGUCGGACACAGGAGGGGCGGAUGAUGUUCCAACCGACAGCGAACACCACAGGGAGCUGGAUGGUCGGUCAUAUGAACGGCUGCUCGUUUAGGCCGCGCAAGGCUGCAGGAGUCGACCGAUUGCUGAUGAAACUGGACUUCGGGACAGCGCGAAAUUAGGAGUUUAUGGAGCAUUUCUGGCAAAGCAAGCAUGGGCGGUGAACAUUCAUUAGGCAUGAUUAACGAUAGGCAUUUUCAUGGAGUUCUUGACGAUUAUCAUUCAUGUAAUGGGACAAUUGCCAGUAUACCUGCAGAGUUCUAGA